CCACGUGGGCUUCUGCAAGGCGUCGAGGUGAGGUGGAGAGCUCCGCUCAUCGAAUCCCCUCCCUCGCCCCCUUCCCUUCUUCCCCGACUCUAUAAAUAGGAAUUCUCGCCUCUCAUCUCCCUCGCCAAGUCUCCGGUUCCCAACAUUUCAAAUCAAACCACCACCCCUUCCCCGGCUCUCCCAGCUUCUUCGGUGAGAAGAGGAGAGCAAGAAAGCACCUCCCCACCCAUCGGCCAUCAUAGCCAAGUCCGAUAAUUAGAAGAAGAACAUCAUGGCCUCUGCCGCCAGCGCCAUGACUUCCCCUGAUGUGCGAUCCGCAGCCAGUCCGAUCUCCAAGCCCCACCAAUUUAAUGCACUGCAGCGUGCCCAAUCCAUUAUGCUACACAGAAAGCAGACAUCCUCCACCACCGCCCCCAGAAGACGCUGUUCCGCCUCCCCCAAAUCCCUCCUCGCUUUGAACUCCAGCACCAGCCCAGCCUACUACCCGGCACCUUAUCCCAAGGAGGCGACGACGACCAUCGCCAAGCCGGCUAGCAAGCCGCAAAGCAGCGAUGACAGCAGCGCGAGGCCGGAAUGGAAUUUGUUCCAGCGGUGCGCUGCGACCGCGCUGGACGCGAUCGAGGAGGUUUUCAUAUCGAAAGUGCUGGAGCGACCACACCCCCUGCCCAAGACCGCCGAUCCCGCCGUACAGAUUGCCGGCAAUUUCGCUCCCGUGGGCGAGCAGGCUCCCUGCCACAACCUCCCCGUCGAGGGCCGCAUCCCACCCUUUAUCAACGGGGUCUACGUCCGCAACGGAGCCAAUCCUCUGUUUGAGCCCGUCGCCGGACACCACUUUUUCGACGGCGACGGCAUGGUGCACGCUGUCCACCUCCGCAACGGCUCCGCCGCCUACGCUUGCCGCUACACCGAGACGGAGCGCCUGCGGCAGGAGCGCGCCAUCGGGAAGCCUGUGUUUCCCAAGGCAAUUGGCGAGCUACACGGCCACUCGGGCGUCGCGCGACUGCUGCUCUUCUACGCGCGGAGCCUCUUCGGCCUUGUGGACGGCGGCCACGGGAUGGGCGUCGCCAACGCCGGCCUCAUCUACUUCAACGACCGCCUCCUCGCCAUGUCAGAGGACGACAUCCCGUACCACGUCCGGGUCACUCCCUCGGGCGACCUGGAGACCGUGGAGCGGUACGACUUCCACGGCCAGCUCCGCUCCUCCAUGAUUGCGCACCCCAAGCUGGAUCCCUCCUCGCGUGAGCUCUUCGCGCUCAGCUACGACGUCAUCAAGAAGCCAUACCUCAAGUACUUCUACUUCUCUCCCGACGGCAACAAGUCCCCCGACGUGGAUAUUCCCCUAGACCAGCCCACCAUGAUGCACGACUUCGCCAUCACCGAGAACUACGUCGUGGUGCCGGACCAGCAAGUGGUGUUCAAAUUGCAGGAGAUGAUCCGCGGCGGCUCCCCGGUCAUCUAUGACCGGACCAAGACCGCCCGCUUCGGCGUCCUGCCCAAGUACGCCGCCGACGCCUCCGAGAUGCGGUGGGUCGACGUCCCUGACUGCUUCUGCUUCCACCUGUGGAACGCGUGGGAGGAGCCCGCCACCGGGGAGGUGGUGGUGAUAGGCUCCUGCAUGACGCCGCCGGACUCGGUGUUCAACGAAUGCGAGGAGAGCCUCAAAAGCGUCCUCUCCGAAAUCCGGCUCGACCUCAACACCGGCAAGUCGACGCGCCGCCCCAUUCUCUCCCCCGCCGACCAAUUGAACCUGGAGGCGGGGAUGGUGAACCGGAACAUGUUGGGGAGGAAGACCCGGUACGCCUACCUGGCCAUCGCGGAGCCAUGGCCGAAGGUGUCCGGCUUCGCCAAGGUCGAUCUCUGCACUGGAGCGGUGAGCAAGUUCAUCUUCGGCGACGGCAAGUACGGCGGCGAGCCGUACUUCGUGCCGAGGGACCCCAAGUCGUCGAGGGAGGACGACGGCUACGUGCUCUCCUUCAUGCACAACGAGAACACAUCAGAGUCGGAGCUACUGAUCGUGAACGCCGCAGACAUGCAACUGGAGGCCGCGGUGAAGCUGCCGUCGCGUGUGCCCUACGGCUUCCACGGUACAUUCAUCGCCUCAAGGGACUUGGAAUCACAGGCAUGACAUACAGGACGGUGAUCCUUGGAUACUGGCCGGGGGAGAUUAUACCAGAGGGAUGCCUGCAGAGGACCCCGGAGUCUCCCCGCUUCCGUUCAUGUUGUUCCUUCCCUGUUUUUCUUUUUUUUGUUUUUUGUCGCUUUACCCCUCUCGUUUUGGUUACGUCGGCUAUUUUUACAGUUAAAGAUAGAUAGAUAGAUAGGAGAGUGAGAGAGAGCGAGAGAGAGAGAGAGAGAGAGAGAGAGUACAGGGGAGAGACCAGCUCGUAGCUCUUGGGGCUGUAGAUAGGCGUGCCGAGCUCAGCUGGUCUCCGUUAUUCUUUCCGCAGUUCUUUCUUUCCUUCUUUCCUGUUCAGAGUGCAGAUAGGUAGUGAUACCGCUAUGUACAAUAAUUCCCCCCUUACCACCCCACUGGGGAGAGGGGUUGAUGUAUUAUUAUGUCCAGGGAAGCGCAGGGACCCCUCCCCGAGCUUCCUCUGUUUUGUUUAUU